AUGGAGGUUCCCCCUGUGCAUCCCGGACCUGCAUCUCGAGAGCUACUGUUGAUACAGGGACAUAUCUGGGAUGGGCAGCGUCUGUCCCAGACCUUUAGCCCCAAUCGUAUAGAAGAUAUGUGGGAGUUUAUUAGGGACCACCCACUGCAUCCCUGUAUAGUUAGACGCCUUCAGGGGACGAGUUUUUACAGGAUCAUUGAGAUCAGCCGGUUGAAGUUCAAAUGGGCGCUGAUCAUAGCUAUGAUAGAGCAGUGGAGACCGGAGACGCACACGUUUCAUCUACCCAUUGGCGAGGCUACCAUCAUGCUAGAGGACAUGGAGGUUCUUUUCGGGCUGCCCAUUGAUAGUAUACAUGUAUCUUACCCGCAUACUCUUAGAGAUUGUACGGGAGAGGAUUACCUUCAUAUGUUGCAGCGGCUCAUAGGUUUCCAGACAACGAAGCCAACUGUAUUGAGUGGGGCCAGUCGAUUGCAGUUGACGCCCGUUCGACAGCAUCUAGUGGCGAUGGAUGCGAAGAUUACUGAUGAUUCACCGCCAGAGGAUAUCGACCAGCACCCGAUAUUGUUGCUGCUGAUGAUGUUUGGUGGUAUACUGUUCCUGAACACUUCGGAAAACCUAGCGUACAUAGGCACCCAAAGAGUCCUUCACCAGUUUGGUUGCCCACAGCUUGUACCUAUUCCUCUCACUUGGCACAUGACACAUCACCAGCGGGAUGAUCGCUGCAGAGUCGACUAG